AGCCUGGCUAAUCUACGGAGCUCUCUGAAACAAUCUAGGGUAAUCCAACCCCUUGAUGAGACCUACGAGGCUAGGGGCUUUUUCACAGAUAGCCAGUAUCCAGCCUAUCUAGCUGGCCGGGAUGCUGCUGAGCUAGAGACCCUAUUUACCCUACAGAGCCCGGAGCAGAUGAUCUGGCUCUCCGCUAUUAUAUAUCAGCUGAUUUCUCUAGGGAAUAGCUAUAUUCAAACAGCCUCUCCACAGACCCGAGCGGCUCUGAAUUCCUUUAGCCUAGACCCCGCUACCCAGGCUACAUUACGUCCGCUACGGGGUCUACAAAAUAAGGCCUCCAUCAAGAAAUAUAGCCUGAUUUUUCAGGCUUUAAUUCAAUUUUUACUACGUUCUUAUCUCUCUAUCGAUAGCGGCGGCCCUGCAAGCUAUCAGGGUCUUUAUACUCUACAACCGCGGCAGCUAGCUAGCCUAGCAAGCCUAGAUCACUUUUUACAGGCUUUGCCACCUCCAUCCGAGAGCCUAGCUGCCUAUCAGCCAGCUUCCUUCCAGCCUAAUGAUCUAUCUGAUACAGGCUCCGAUACAGGCUCCGAUACAGCCAGUUCCGAUAACGAUACUCUACCGAUACUACCGCAAGCUAGCUUGGAUAAUAAACAGAUCUCUAAGGGUGUAGGCUUAGCCCAAUCUUCUCUAUCUCUCUCCAAGGCUGCCAGCUUCGAAGAUAUAGGAAAUAUAACAAAUCAAUGGUCUUUUCUAUCAGUCUAUCUAGCUGGCCAGCCAUCUGAUUUCUUACUUCAGAAGGCUUUAGCUUCCCCAGCCUGGACGGAAGAGAUAGUAGCCGAAGAUAGGCCUGAUAUAGAGCUCUCCCGGCCUAAGGCUCUAGGCUAUCUAGAGACUACCAGCAACUAG